CGAAACGCACGGAACGUGUUCAAUUGGAUUUGGGGCUCUUUCAACUAGUAGGUCGGACAAAUGAUGAUUGGGCCCAACAAAUUGGCCCAACCCACUAGUACACCCUAUUCUUCCUUAACUCUAGGCCCAACCCAAUCGAUUCCACAUCCAUAAUUCCAAUCUGGGCUGACCCGAAACCACUCAGCCACACAAAACCCUAACCCUAAGUAGCCGUCAUAUGAUAUAAAAGCUGGUGUCUCUCCAUUCGGAAGACUCUCUCGUCUCUGGUUGCGAAGAGAAGCCAUGGUAUCGCUGAAGCUUCAGAAGCGGCUCGCCGCCAGCGUUCUCAAGUGCGGGAGAGGCAAGGUCUGGCUCGAUCCCAAUGAGGUCAACGAAAUCUCCAUGGCCAACUCCAGGCAAAAUGUAAGGAAACUUGUGAAAGAUGGUUUUAUCAUCAGGAAGCCAACUAAGAUCCACUCUCGAUCUCGGGCACGGAGAAUGAAGGAGGCCAAGAGAAAGGGACGUCACUCUGGAUAUGGUAAACGCAAGGGUACAAGGGAGGCAAGGUUGCCCACUAAGAUCCUUUGGAUGAGGAGAAUGCGUGUACUGAGGCGCUUGCUCCGCAAGUAUCGGGAGUCCAAAAAAAUUGACAAGCACAUGUACCAUGACAUGUACAUGAAAGUGAAAGGUAAUGUCUUUAAGAAUAAGAGGGUGCUAAUGGAGAGUAUCCACAAGUCGAAGGCUGAAAAGGCAAGAGAAAAAACUCUUUCUGACCAGUUUGAGGCUAAGCGUGCUAAGAACAAGGCAAGCAGAGAAAGGAAGCUAGCUCGGAGGGAGGAGCGCCUGGCCCAGGGACCUGUGGAAAGGGCACCACCAGCAUCUGCACCCCAGCCUGCUGAGGGAACUAAAAAGGCCAAGAAGUGAUGAGAGGUGCCUCUACCAUGAACAUUGAAGAACUGAUAACAACAGAUGACAAUCUCUUGGUUUUCUGCAGUAGGAUUUUGUUCUUAAUCCAAUAUUGUUCUCUUUUUGUGGCCAAUUUUUUCUUUAUAAGAAAUCUUGAACCUCUAUUAAGUUUUAGGUACUUUCCCAUAUGUUGAGUGCUUUGUUCAUUUAUGAUUUCAGCGAACCAUUAAAUUAUGUGUGCAUGCUUCAGUUAAACAUAAGAAUUUACUCGUAUUAGUUGAAAGCACAGUUUUGGGUCUUAAAA